CAAAAUAUAUAUAUCUUCACUUUUUUGCCUACAAAUAGUCAUAACUCAUAACCUUAAGUUAUAACAUUGUGAGUUUGUUGUUUCGAGUGUGUGUGUGUGUGCGCUUUCAAUGGAUUCUCGCCAUGUAAAGAAGCCACAUGCGAUUUGCAUACCAGUCCCUGCACAAGGACACAUAACUCCGAUGCCAAAACUUGCAAAAAUCCUUCAUUCGAAAGGCUUCUUAAUCACCUUUGUCAACACAGAAUUCAACCACCAACGCCUCCUAAGAUCUCGAGGCUCUGACGCCCUCGACGGCAUACCUUCCUUCCGUUUUGAGUCCAUUCCCGACGGCCUUCCACCGCCGGAAAACCUUGACGCCACCCAAAAUGUCUACGAUAUAUGCAGGUCCAUCCAAGAAAACUGUUUAGGUCCAUUCAAAACCCUCAUCGCCAAAUUGAGUGAGUCGUUUUCACCGGUGACGUGCAUAGUCUCCGACCUACUUAUGGGCUUCACCAUCGACGCCGCAAAAGAACUUGGUAUCCCGGCGUAUCUGUUAUAUACCGGUGGAGCUGGUGCACUUAUUUGUUACGAUCAGUAUCCUAAUCUUGUGGACAACGGUUUGAUGCCGCUUAAAGAUUCAAGUUACGUGAUAAAUGGGUAUUUGGAUACAGUUGUAGAUUGUAUACCAAACAUGCAUGGUAUACCUCUAAAAAAUAUUCCGCCUUUCAUGAGAAUUGUCAACCCUGGCGAUGAAUUCAUGGUAGAAUUUACAAAUACCCAACUUCACAAGGCCAAAACAGCCUCUGGCAUUAUUUUCAACACUUUCGAUGAUCUAGAACACGACAUCUUGGCUACACUUGCUUCAGUAUUUCCUCCAUGUUAUGCCAUCGGUCCUUUGCAUUUACUCGAAAAGCAACUUGUUGAUGAAUCCCUAGCAUCUAUCGAAUCAAAUCUAUGGAAAGAAGAACCCGAAUGUUUGAAAUGGCUAGACUCAAAAGCAUCAUCAUCAGUUGUUUAUGUGAACUUUGGUAGCAUCACUGUCAUGUCACAUCAACAACUAGUCGAGUUUUGUUGGGGGCUUGCUAAUAGUAAUCAGCAGUUCUUGUGGAUAUUACGACCAGGGAUAGUGAAUGGCGAGUCAGAAGCACUUCCAUUGGAGUUCUUGAGAGAGACAAGUAGUAGAGGGAUGAUGGCUGGGUGGUGCCCUCAAGAACAAGUUCUAAAUCAUCCCUCGAUAGGAGGGUUUUUGACACAUAGUGGAUGGAAUUCAACUAUUGAAAGUUUAACAAACGGUGUGCCAAUGCUUUCUUGGCCAUUUUUUGCAGAUCAACUAACAAAUUGUUGGUUGAGUUGCAACCAAUGGGGGGUUGCCAUGGAGAUUGACAAUGAUGUAAAAAGAGAUGAAGUUGAGAGGCUAGUGAUUGAGUUGAUGACAAAAGAAAAAGGAAAUGAGAUGAGGAAGAAUGCCAUUAACUGGAAAGAUAAGGCAAAUGAGGCAUGCGCCUAUCCUUCUGGUUCUUCCAUUAUUAGUUUGGAGAAAGUAAUCCAUCAACUGCAGACAUUUCCAAAAUGAUUUAUGAUCUGUUUGUUCUGUAAAGAGUUCUAAUUUGAGGGAUGGCUUACGAGAAUGUCACAAGUUGUAAGCGUUUUAUAUGAGUGUACUUGUAUUUUAACAUCUUAUAAACAAUCAUUUCCAUAGUCAAUUGUCUCCACCAUCAAC